AUGGAGCAGGAAACCAAAAUCUACAUCAUCAUUGGUGCAGUCGCAGGCUCGCUCGUCGUGUGUGCCCUUACCCUUGCCAUUCUUUGUGUGUGGACAAGAUCCCGCAGGAAGAUGCGAGGCUUCUCAUUACGAGCAGUCACACCACUGGACGAUGCUGAAUUCGAAUCAUGGCGACGACCCAGCCAAUACAACCAACGGCUGGAUGAGUAUGGCAUCCGACCAUCAAACCGAGUUAUCUUGCGAGACCGUGUAUCGCCCAGGACCCCAUCUUUCUUCGAGAAGGAGCUCAGCACAUACGACUUUCCGCCAAGGACACCAUCAUUGACAGACGCUGUCUCAAUCAAAUCACCCACAAGCUCAAUACAGAAGCCGGAGCGAGCACGAAGAAAGUCCAGUGUUGCUUCAUCACUCGCUGAUCGACCACCAACCCCAUACUCUCCUUGUUCACCCAGUGGAGAGUUCAACCGUGGAUCGGUAUCUUCCCGUCGGUCGCAGCCUCUGAUACAUUACCCGUCUGUAUCUGAGGCCUCUGCAUUCCGCUUCAAUUUCGAGGCUGAGCAGAAACGCAAUGGAAACUGGAUAUAA